AUGUUGCCAAACUGGGUCCGUGGUGGCUCCACUACUCCGCGCAGCUCCAAAUCGCCCAAGUCGCCAACAAAACAACGAGUGAAGGAUUAUAUCGAGCAGAUUUGCAUGUCGGAGGAGAAUGUGUACGACAUGGCCGUCACCCAGGAGUUUGUCAACUUCAUCAAUGAAAAUGGUGGCAACGUGCCUGCCGAAGUUGCCCACCAGCUUAUCAAGCGCGUUACGCCUACGCGCUACCAACACAGCCUGCGUGCCUCCAAGAUCCUCGACGUGCUGGUGCAAAAGUGUGGCUACCCGAUGCAUUACCAGGUGGCCACUGUCCCCUUUUUGCGUGCGAUGACCGACUUUGACUUUUACCAAGGCCAGAUUGUGAAGAACAGUGUGUUGAACUACAACAUGUUCCUCCUGCAUAUGUGGUAUAACACUUGGGCAGACAACCCGCGCGUGCGCGACGACUUUGUCAACGUCAAGUCGUUCCACGACGCUGUUCAGGCCCGUGGCAUCCGCUUUCCUCCGGAAGACCCCGCUACGGUGGCGAAACUCAACGCAAUGUACAAUGUACAAACUCCUCAGGAGGAGGCGAAGCUGGAACGCUUAAUCAAGAAGGUCAAAUUCAACAGCUUCCUUUCCAAAGGCGACAAGCACGAUAUGCACUUGGCGCAAAAGCUUAUUGAAGAGCUUUUGGCGGAGCGUGAUGCAUAA